CAAGUAUUUAUUGAUAUAAAAAAUGAAGACCUCAAAGUAACAAACUUGGAACCCCGGUCCCUUGUGAUUUGCUCACAAAACCAGUGUCGGUCACACCAUCUCUCCCUUUUCUCCACCUGCAACGAUGUCGGUUAAGGAGUGCCACCACCACCACAAGGGAAAGAAGCACAAGCUCUGGAGACGCAUCUUCUGGGGAAUAGUGAUCUUCGCCUUCAUCGUGUUACUGACAGUUCUUAUAAUCUGGGCAAUCCUAAAGCCUUCAAAACCAACCUUCAUCCUCCAAGACGUCACCGUUUACGGCUUCAAUGCCACCAUCCCCAACUUCCUCACCUCAAGUUUUCAGGUCACGCUUUCCUCGCGCAACCCCAACGACAAAAUCGGAAUCUACUACGACCGUCUCAACACCUACGUAACUUACCGGAACCAGCAGGUCACGUACCGAACCUCAAUCCCACCCUCGUACCAAGGUCACAAGGAAGAGGAUGUGUGGUCCCCGUUUGUCUACGGCACUAAUGUCCCCGUCGCACCCUACAACUUCGUUGGCCUCAGUCAAGACCAGACCAACGGCAACGUCCUCGUCCUCGUUAAGAUUGACGGUAAGGUACGAUGGAAAGUUGGUUCCUUCGUCUCUGCUCACUACAACCUCAAUGUAAGGUGCCCUGCUUUCAUAACCUUUGGCCCCCAAAGCAACGGGAUUGCCCUUGGCAAUAACGCCGUUAAGUAUCAAUUGGUUCAACGCUGCACCGUCGGGGUUUGAUGUCAACGCCUUCCAAGAUAUAUUGCUCUGCCUCUUGGUAUAUUUAGUGUCUAUUUAUAUACGGUCUUUCUCAUUUCUUUUUUUCAUAUACGUAUUCUUCCUAUCUUCCUCUACGUAUUUCUUCUACGGAUCACUUUGUUGUUAGACAUACAUAUGUCUGUCUUCGUUACUGUAUUUUGAAUUUUACAUUUUGCUAUAGAAUAAAUUUGUAUUUGGAGAAAAUUCUCAUGAGAUGAAGCAAAAUUACAAUUUAUAGCAAA